AACAACUACCGAAGAAAAGGAGCGAUCAAUUGAUCGAAAAGAUGAAGCCGAUCGAUGACAGGCAAGAGAAAGUGACGAUUCGAGCGGUGAGUCGCGACGGAGAAGGAAGGAAGAAGGUGGAGAAGACCGAACUCGAAACUCACAACGUGGACACCGUCAAGUACGUGGAGAAAAAGCUCGUCGACAAGGGCGAACAGCGCAUGGAGCGCCACCCUGCUGACGGCAUCGGAAUCGGGAGGCCGCCGCCAAAGUCCGGCCGUGGAGGGAAGUACACGUGGGAGGGUCCUGCUGACAUGGCGGACAACGAGCUCAACGCAGCUCCGGCGGCCAUCGACGAGAAGGAUCCAAACUAUGUUGAUGAGGAGGAAGAUGUUCUGAGGGAGCUGGUGAAGGGUGAGGUUGAAGUGGCCAAAGCUGCCGAGGAUAAAGGUGUUGCUAGGGUUGAUGUUGAUCCUCGCUUGCAACAAUCUUCUAAUAAUUAACACUCAUCAAUAUCAAUGGUUGAUCAAUCAAUCAAUAAUUUGUUGCUAAUUUCCGAUGUUUGUGUCGUGGUUCUAUAGUUUUUUCUGUUUUCGUUUUGGUUUGACUUGGAAGUUGUACUAAUAUUUACAAUACUGCUGGUUAAAUGAAAUGUGAAGUUUUUUUC